AUGAUUAAGGGGUAUUUGAGAAGUGGGAAUCUUGAUGAGGCAUUGAAUCUGUUCGGGAAGAUGAACAAGAGAAGCAUUAUUACUUUGAAUUCCUUGAUUACUGGGUUUGUUCAAGGUGGUCGGCCAAAGGAGGCCAGAUCACCAGUGGUGAUAUGGUUAGACCGGAUAAUUAUAACAUCACCAUUGCCAGUGUCCUUGCAGCUUGUGCUCAUCUUGGUGCAUUUGAUCAUGGGAUAUGGGUGCAUGGGUGUGUACCCAUGGAGAAGUGGCCUGGAGAGUGAUGUGGUCAUUGUGCGGAUGUGUGGACAAAGCGUAUGA